CCCGCCCCCGCAGCCAUGUCGUCGCAGUUGGCGCGCAGACGCCCGGCGGUCGGGGCCGAGGGGGGAGCCCCCGCGGGAGCCCCCGCGCGCGGCGAUGCGGAGCGGGGCAUGGCGGCUCCGGGCCUGUCGCUCUGCCUCAAGCUGCUGGCCGCGGCCUUCUACGGCCUCAGCUCCUUCCUCAUCGUCGUCGUCAACAAGAGCGUGCUUACCACCUACGGGUUCCCGUCCUCGCUGUGCGUGGGGCUGGGUCAGAUGCUGGCCACGGUGGCGGUGCUGCGUGCGGGCAAAGCGCUGCGGGUCCUCAAGUUCCCCGACCUGGACCGACAAGUCCCGCGCCGGACCUUUCCUCUACCUCUCCUGUACUUCGGGAACCAGAUCACGGGGCUCUUCAGCACCAAGAAACUGAACCUGCCCAUGUUCACCGUCCUGCGGAGGUUCUCCAUCCUCUUCACCAUGUUUGCCGAAGGAGUUCUGCUCAAGAAGAAGUUCUCCUGGGGCGUGCAGAUGACGGUGUUCGCGAUGAUCAUCGGCGCCUUCGUGGCUGCCAGUGCUGACUUGGCGUUCGACCUGGAAGGAUAUAUUUUUAUCCUCAUUAACGAUGCCUUAACAGCUGCAAACGGUGCCUACGUGAAGCAGAAGCUGGAUUCCAAGGAGCUGGGGAAAUACGGCCUGCUCUACUACAAUGCACUCUUCAUGAUCCUUCCCACCCUGACCAUUGCCUACUUCACUGGAGAUGCGCAGAAGGCGAUGGAGUACCCGGGCUGGGCAGACGUGCUGUUCAUCGCUCAGUUCACGCUGUCCUGUGUGAUGGGGUUUAUUUUGAUGUACUCCACGGUUCUUUGCACUCAGUAUAAUUCUGCUCUUACAACUACAAUAGUUGGCUGCAUUAAGAAUAUUUUAAUAACCUAUAUUGGGAUGUUUUUUGGAGGAGACUAUAUUUUUACAUGGAUGAACUUCAUUGGUCUAAAUAUCAGUAUUGCAGGAAGCCUGGUGUAUUCCUACAUCACCUUCACGGAGGAGCAGCUCAGCAAGCAGGCCGAGGCGGGCAGCAGGAUGGAUAUUAAGGGCAAAAGCUCCGUGUGAGCACGGAGGCGAGCUGCUGGGCGCACGCGCUGCUGGGCUGAUGGCUGGCGGGACGCGGCGAGGAGUCGGGGUGUCUGCUGCGGAGUCACGGUGAUGCUCUUUUGAUUUGCACAAUCCAGAUCGCUGCCUUCAAAAAUGACGGGAAAGGUGAAUGACUGCACGUGUAAGCAUUGAUCUAAUUAAGUGUGAUUGACUGUGAGGGAUUCCUGGCUGCUAAACGACGCGGAGGUUCGGCUCGGGCCGGCGGUGCAAGGGAUUGAACUGCAGAGGACUCAGCAGCUGGAAGAGGCACAGCAAGGAGGUGCUGGCUGUGCCAGUGCUGCAGGCUGUUCCUCGGGGCAGCGCUCGGUGACCCUGGUGCUGGGUGUCACCGUGUGCUGCUGCAGGCUGUCGGCUUGGCUUUAUCAGAACAGGGUUUUAACGCACUGAGCAGCGGGGACUGACUUCUAAAGGGUGUCUUACACAGCACUUCUUUUUAGAUCUCUCUCUUUCGAUUGUCUUUUGAUUUUUUUUUUUAAGCAAAAAUUUUUUUUUUUUUGGGA